UAGAGCGACGUGCGCCUCUGUGUAGGUAGCGUUUCCGCCGGAGGAUCCCCGCUGCCCGGCAGAGGUGGAGCACCUCGAUGUUGAUGGUGUCGGUGGAGGCGAACUGUCGAAGUUCAAGGGGUGUGUACUGAAAGCCCCCCAUAGCCAAAACACAAACUCCGACACGGCUUGAUGCAUCAGCCAGUCCAAAGUGUGCAAUUUAAUCACCUAGCUAGCACGAAGCCUCAAUCUCCGGCUGGUCAGUCAACCGACUAAACCAGCGCUGGACAGUCAACCGACUAUAUGAACCCAGCGUAUUCAGGAUAGAAAAGGAGGAGAGGAGCUGAGCAAGAGGAGCUGAAAGGACCAGGCCAGCUCCAUGGCUACCGUUCGAUGUGGCAGACAUUGCGCCAGAAGUACUCUCUGACAGUGAGAAGGGAUGAUGUCAUGGCUUUGAUGAGACAGGUUGAUCCCUCAGGAGUUCAACUUCGUGCAAGUCAAAGAUUUGUAAGGAGAGUUUACAGCUCCCUUGGACCAAACUAUACCUGGCAUGUUGACGGGUAUGACAAAUUAAAACCAUACGGUUUGGCUAUUAGUGGCUGCAUAGAUGGAUACUCCCGCAAAGUACUGUGGUUGGUGUGUGGAGCAAGCAACAAUGACCCAGGGGUCAUUGCUCAAAACUAUAUACGUUGCGUCUCAGAAGGUGGAGUCAUACCAAUGAGGCUUCGAACAGACUGUGGCACUGAAAAUGGCACGAUGGCAGCAAUCCAGUGUACCUUAAGAUCACCUUACACUGAUGUUUUUGCUGGGGCUGCCAGCCAUAUGUAUGGGACCUCAAUGGCAAACCAGAGAAUUGAAAGCUGGUGGUCAUACUUCCGAAAACAAAGAUCUCAAUUCUGGAUGGACCUCAUGAGUGACCUGAGGGAGAGACAUCUGUUCAAUGGCAGCCAUGAGCACACAUGCCUAGUGCGGUUUGUGUUCUUGGGUGUGCUACAGGGAGACCUUGAUGAAUGCAGGAGGAAGUGGAAUACCCAUACCAGACCUGUUCGUCUGUCUCGUUGUCCAUCUGGUAAACCAGAUGUCAUUUACAACCUACCUCACAGGUUUGGCGGAACCGACUGUGGGUUUCCAGUCUCACAGGAGGAAUUGGGCCAGUUUGCGGUUGAGUCAACCUACAGUCUAUGUGGAGAUGCCCAGCUCCAGGCUUACUUUGAGGACCUACAGAGACAAAGUGGUCUAGUGCAGCCUUUGACCUGGGAGUCCUGUGUGGAGAGCUACAUCAGAUUGAAGAACAUGGCUGAAAUGUAAUGAAAUGUUCUACCGACUGGGAAGCGAGAUGUCCAGUUAAACACCAGUGUGGGUUGAGGCUGAAUUCCUGAGGGAGGCACUGUGUUCAGUCCUGUGGCAAACAUGAGGAUGUUCUGGAGGGAGAGUGCUGUUUGGUUAUCUGAAAGAAGUAUAGAUUUUGAUUGUAAAAUAUAAUUUCAAUGCAACUGCA